CUCACGAACUCAUUUCCUCUCUAACCCCUCUCGUCCUGGGGGUUUUGUUUUCCCUCACUCAGAGUCCUCCAAAUUAUGGCGGAUGAACAACAGAAGCGGGAUUUUGUACUAAAUACCCCUACCUCGGAGCCGCCUCCUAGAAGCAGAACACCUGACACAAACUUAAUCGACGACGACACUGAAUAUUUCAAAUCCCUUCCUCCAGGCUACCGCUUCAAACCCUUCGAUGAAGAGCUCAUCAUUCACUACUUGAACAACAAAAUACAUGAGAAGCCAUUGCCUCGGAAUAAAAUAAAGGAAGUUAAUUUAUAUGCACACAAUCCUGAGACUCUCGCUG